GCAGGCGGAUCAUGAUCCAUCAGUUCCUCUGGGUCAGGCUGUAGGACGACAAAACUCACCACGGGACCAAGUGCACCAGGCACCAUGGGACAGGGUCGGUCAGCCAAUGCGGAGGAUGCCCAGGAAUUCAGUGAUGUGGAGAGGGCCACUGAGACCCUCAUCAAGAACUUCCACCAGUACUCAGUGGAGGGCGGGAAGGAGACACUGACCUCCUCUGCGCUAUGGGACCUGGUCACCCAGCAGUUGCCACACCUCAUGCCGAGCAAUUGUGGGCUGGAAGAGAAAAUUGCCAAUCUGGGCAACUGUAAUGACUCUAAACUGGAGUUCGGGAGCUUCUGGGAGCUCAGUGGAGAAGCAGCCAAGAGUGUGAAGCUGGAGAGUCCUGCCCCAAGGAGCUGAAGACUUCUACCUGGAAUUUCUUAGGAGGCAAACGGGGGAUAGGGGACCUUAAAGACUGUGGGCCUGGAAAUAACACUCCACCACCACCACCCUAUUCCCCAGCCUGCACCUUUCCUCAUCUCUGCAAGGUUCAGGUUCAUAAUAGCCUUCCCCAGGGUCUCUGCAUACU